AACAACUUCCUUCUUAGCUUCUACUCUUUCGUUUUUGGGCCUGAGUACAGAGAGAAGAUGAAACAUUGUGUGGUCUGUGUUCGGGGCAGCAAGGUGAGGCAUGAGGUGAUAGCGGAGACCUUGCAGGAGUUCAUGGAGAAAGCUCUCCAGGUCUUGAAUCUGAACGGCACAAGAGCUUCGGUCUCGUUGGUUUUGGCAAAGGAUGGAACCAAGGUGGACAGCAAUGACUUCUUCCUCUGCUUGCCCGAGAACACUGAAUUUAUUGCACUUAUAGGAAGCAAAAAGUGGGCGAAUACUAAGACAGAUGGAGGGACUAGUUGGAUGGAGCAGGAAUCAACAGAAGACAUGAGCAGUACAGAGCUUCCAGUGGCAGAGAAGUUCAUGGAGAACUAUCCCAGCAUCAUCCUAUAUUCCACACCUGAUAGUACGGAUUUGUGCACAAACAAUGCAAAGACAUCUCCACCGGACCUGAAUGGGAAUGUGCAGAAUGUCCAGCCAUCGUGUCAGGAGCAACAAGGGACGCUUAGAGAACAAAGGCACACCAUGAGUUUGUUAUCCAGUAUAUAUCACGUUGCAAAAGAAAAGCUCAGUCCAAAACUGCAGAGGAAAAAGCAAGUUAAAGAAGAGCUCCGGGGAAAACUACAAACUCCUAAUAUCUAGACCGUAAGAAGUAAACAUUUACUGGAAACCACUACGCUUAUUUUUGUACUUUUGCUGACUUUUUUUUAUUACCUAUAUUCCCCUUUUUAUGUUUUUUUAUCCUUUGCCAAUAUUUCUGUUCAGGCGGAAAGCUGGAGAGCCUGCAGUGGAAUGUAUAAUGGGAGAUGAUAGUAGACUUCAUUGAACACUGUAAAAAAUAAAAAGGUACUGCUGUGCAGAUUUGUUUUCUU